GUGUAGCUUCAGUACCGUGAAGAGUUAUGGACAUGGCGGCAGUCGAAGAGGGAGAAACUUUAGAAUCAUGGCUAAACAAAGCUACAGACCCCAAUAACCCAGUUGAGCGAUGGGACUGUAUCCAAGGAUUCUAUGAACAGGUUAAUAAAGAGCUUGAAGGGCCACAAAUUGCAGUCCGACUUCUAGCUCACAAGAUCCAGUCACCCCAGGAGAAGGAGGCUCUGCAGGCAAUAACAGUUCUAGAAGCCUGUAUGAAUAACUGUGGAAAGCGAUUUCAUAGUGAGGCAGGGAAGUUCCGGUUCCUCAAUGAACUGAUCAAAGUAUUGUCACCAAAGUAUUUAGGUAUGUGGAGCACAGCUGAGGUCAAGCUAAAAGUGACAGAAGUCCUAUACAGCUGGACCCAGUGGCUGAAAGAUGAAGUUAAGAUCCAAGAAGCUUACCACAUGCUAAAGAAACAAGGUAUCAUAAAGAAAGACCCAAAGUUACCCGAGAAUAUGGUAAUUCCACCUCCAUCUCCGAGAGCAGUGGGAUCCGUGUUUGAUGAUGAAGACAAAUCAAAGUUAUUAGCAAAACUCCUGAAAAGCAGACACCCUGAUGAUCUUCAGGCAGCCAACAGGCUGAUCAAGAACACCAUUAAGGAGGAGCAAGAGAAGAUGGAGAAGGAAUCCAAACGCAUUACUACUAUGGAGGAAGUAGAGAACAACACCAAACGUCUGAAAGAGCUGCUGGAGAAUCACAGGAGCAGUGAAUCUUCUGAAGGACAAUUAGAGGAGAUGAGGAAUCUUUAUGAACGAUGUGACAAGCUGAGACCCACUCUCUUCCGCUUGGCCAGUGACACGGUGGACAAUGAUGAAGCACUAGCUGAAAUCCUCCAGGCUAAUGAUAAACUAACCUCAGUCAUAAACUUGUUCCAAGAGAUGGUUGAGACCAAAGAUGUCAAUGGAAAUAGCAGAAGUGAUUACUCCAAAAGUAAAGUUCCUGCAAGUCCAAAAGAGAUUAAGAGCUACCACCUGAUAGAUCUGUCAGCACUCGACUCCACGACAGACAGUACCACUCCGUCUAGAGUGCCACACAGCAGCUCUCUGUCUCUUCUGGAUGAGGAGCUCGUGUCACUAGGGCUGAAUGAUCCAUCUCUGACAGAGACCCAGGAGACUUUGAGAAAACACUCUGAUGAACUGAUACAGCUUUGGAGAGAAAAAAGUCCAGGUGUCCCGGGGCCGAAUGCGCGCUUCACAGGGAGAGUGGAAGAAAGUAGAGGGGUCAGUGUUCCAACAGCCCGAGGGUAUGGAGACUCAGACAGUUCACAAGGCUUUCACAUACUCUCGGCACAGCAAAGCUGGCCAGUUCUCCAGCCGAGGUCUGCUUCAAGUGACCUGCAACAGCCAGCCAGUGUGACAGGAUCACCAUCAAAAUCCAGUAGCCCAGCUAAUGACAAAUCUCUAUCGGAUUUGUUUGUUUCUCUAGAAUCUAUAAAGCCUAGUGGCAUUGCGCCUAUCAUAGCCUAUGACAAGAAUGGCAUUCGUGUGAUGCUCCAUUUUGCCAAAGACUGCCCCAUGGGGAGAGCUGAUGUGGCUGUCAUGGUGAUCUCCAUGCUGAGCACCUCCCCCAUCCCAGUCAGAGAUGUGGUGUUCCAGGUAGCUGUACCAAAGAGCAUGAGAGUGAAGUUGCAGCCUGCCACAGGGUCAGACCUGCCAGCCUACAAUCCCGUUGUGCCCCCGGCAGUCAUCUCCCAAAUCCUGCUCCUGUCCAACCCGCUCAGAGAUAAAGUGCGUAUAAGAUACAAGCUGACGUUCAUCCAUGGAGAGCAGAAGACCAGCGAGCUUGGUGAGAUUGAAAACUUCCCGGACAUGAGCUCCUGGACCAGCUUGUGAACUCCUGACAGUGAUCAAGUCUCGCUGAACAGAGGCUUCAUCUUUAUGACAACUCCAGACCAUCAGAUUGUGAAACAUGUUAUCCCAUAAAUCAGCUCCCAAAACUCUCCUGGAGGACCCCUUGUCCUG